ACUGAUAUACUUGUGACCUCCAUCAAGAUCAACGGCCGAGCAGUCCCACUGAAUAUGUCACUAUUGGACAUAGGCGAAGAUGGCAACGGGGGAACAAAAAUCAGCACCGUUGAUCCUUACACCGUGAUGGAGACAUCGAUCUUCGAGGCGGUCCUCAAAGUAUUCAUGGAAGAAACCAAGGGCGUGACUAGGAUUCCUAGUGUUGAGCCCUUCAAGUACUGCAUAAGCUCCAAGAACCUGGGGAGUGCAAGAGUCGGACCGCCCGUGCCCUCCAUCGAUCUGGGGUUGCAUGAUGAGAGUGUGUCUUGGAGGAUCUUCGGCGUGAAUUCGAUGAUGCAUGUGAAGGAUGUUGUCUUGUGCUUGGGGUUCGUUGACGGCGGCUCGAACCCGAGAACUUCUGUGGUCAUCGGAGGGCAUCAAUUGGAGGACAAUCUCUUGGAAUUCGAUCUCGUGAAACGGAGGUUGGGGUUCAUUUCCACGCUCUUGUUCAUGCAAACUACCUGUGCCAACUUCAACUCUACUUCUUCUGUUAAAGAAGUGGAGACUUUGGUAUCCAAGAAAAGGGAUGAUCUCUUCGGCCAGCUCCGUGAGUUUGAAGGUCUGCCUAACUCGACCAUUUAUGCCCCCGCCUGGGACUCGAUAAACAUUGAUACUCCCGAUGGGGAGAUUGUGACGUCCUGA